AUGGCAUUUGUUAAUGAACUGCACAUGCAGAUAUGCAAAGAAAGCAAGGAGCAAAAGAUCUUAAACCUGUGGAAAGUACUCAAAUACCAUGAUGAUGAACCUAGUGUGAAUAUUCAAAUAUUAUGUGGGGUGUCUGGAGUGAUCCGGGCCCAGAAGGACAGAGAUGGUCUCUUUGUUCAGUGUUCAAAGGAGAACGAAACGAUCAGGCUAUAUAUGUCCCCAAAGAAGAAACUGACUCCAGUGCAAAAAUGUGUCAGUCCAUUAGUUUGGUGCAGGCAGGUAUUGGAUUACCCAAGUCCUGACAUUGAAUCUGCUAAAAAGUCGCUGAUCCACAGGCUGGAACAGACAAUGUUGGCUCUCAAGAGACAGAGUUUGUACAGCAGCCCUUUCAGUGCGGUCAGUUAUGCGAGCUCCUAUAGUCCAAAUACUAGUAGUCCCUACAGCAGUGGUUUCAACUCUCCCUCCUCAACACCAGUGAAAUCUGCUUUAGUAAAACAGCUCAUACCUCCUGGUACCUCAGGUCAUCUUAAAAGUUCAGCAGAUAGAAAUCCUCCACUAAGUCCACAGUCCUCUCUGGACAGUGAAUUAAGUGCAUCAGAGAUGGAUGAAGACUCUAUUGGGUCUAAUUACAAGCUAAAUGAUGUUACCGAUGUGCAGAUUUUAGCGCGAAUUCAGGAAGAAAGCCUCCGGCAAGAGUACGCAGCAACUGCUUCUCGGCGUAGUUCUGGUUCUUCUUGCAAUUCUACAAGGCGAGGCACGUUCAGCGAUCAGGAGCUCGAUGCACAGAGUUUAGAAGAUGAAGAAGAUGGCACACAUCACACAGUGCACCCUGCUGUUAACAGGUUUUCGCCAUCACCUCGCAGUUCUCCCUGGCCUUCACCAAAACAAUCUCCAAGGAAUUCACCUCGCUCACGAUCACCUGCUCGAAGCAUAGAAUACAGUAGAGUGUCACCCCAGCCUAUGAUUAGCCGUUUACAGCAACCUCGUCUUUCGCUUCAAGGCCAUCCUACAGAUUUGCAGACUAGUAAUGUCAAAAGUGAAGAAAAACUAAGGCGUAGUCUUCCAAACCUGUCCAGGACAUCUAACAUCCAAGCUGAGUCUGUGAAAAACAGCAGAAGUGACUCAAACUUCCAAGUGCCAAAUGGAGGAAUACCUCGCAUUCAACCUCAAGCCUCAGCCAUACCUUCUUCAAGUAAAUUCCGCUCACCUGCAGCACCGUCUCCCCUAGCUCUCCGACAACCAGUGAAAGCAUUUAGUAACCAUGGACCCGGUUCAGUUGCUUCUCCAGAAGCCACGCAGCUGACACACAGUACUUCUUUACCAGGGCCUCUUGCAGCCCAGAGUUCAGGCUUGCCAAGCCCUGCCAGCAGUAUUAACAGUACUACUCUUACCAGACCGGCAGGGACAGCAGGGAUGAGGAGUGGUUUGCCCAGACCCAGUGCCCCUUCCACAGGGGGCAUCCCAGUGCCUCGUAGCAAACUUGCACAGCCUGUUCGCAGAUCAUUACCCGCUCCCAAAACCUAUGGCAACGUGAAAGACGAGAGUUGGAAAGAUGGCUGCUACUGAACUGCAAAGCUUAACACAAAGUUUCAGUGCUCGUGGAUGCUUCCUCACCAGGCUAAACGACAGCUUGAUUACACAAACUGUUCAGAUGUGACUUUUGGGAUUUGUAAAAAUUCCAGACCUCUCUGUCUCUAAUUAGCACAAACUGGCAGAGAUUCUAAAGCAGCACUUUAAUGACAUCUAACAUCAGAUGUUUGGUGGUCAUACAAUCACUUCUACAUUAAAUUGCUAUCAGUUCUGGGUUUUUUUUUUUCUUGCUUGCUAAAAAUGUAUCAAUAUGAGCAUUUAUGACAGUGGCCAAUGUCUGGGCAAAAACCUAACGAAUGCCAAAGAAAUGCCCAUCUUGAAAAACAGCAAGUAUAAUAGUCAACUUACAUUGUCCAAAACUUCAUUUUCAGCCUGUUUUAAUUCAGCAGAAAGAUUGGUGAAUAUGUACUAUUGAAACAAGACUACGUUAAUCAGAGCUAAUAUUCUGAUUGCAGACUGCUACGGUGGUAGUGAAACAUUGCUUUUAACAAUUGUAUGAGAUUCUCUUUGGGGAAAGUGGUACGUACAUCCUUCAGAAAGAAUCCAAAGUUACCCUGGAGGAUUAGGCAGAAC